UGGCUCCUCCUCCGCGCAUGGCCGGGUGGCGGCGGCCUCUCCCUCCACAGUAUAGGUUCCCGGAAGAGGCGCUGGAGGAGGAGGAAACGUGGGGGCCGGACGGCUCUCUGGGAGCAUGGAGCCCAACGUGCGCUUCUGGAUCACCGAACGCCAAUCUUUUAUUCGGAGAUUUGUUCAGUGGACAGAAUUACUGGAUCCUACAAAUUUGGUCGUUUCCAUUGAAAAAAUAGAAAAUUCAAGGCAACUAUUGUUAAGAAAUGAAGCUGCGUCCUUACGUGACUUGGAGGACCGAAGGGUACAGGAUGCUUGGAAGAGAAGUCUUUCAACAGUGCACCCUGACAGUAGCAGACUGAUCCCCGUUCCUUUUCGACCCGCAGCUCUCCUGCCUUUCACGGCACCCAUGGUGACCCUGUCCCGUCUGGCUCCUGACAGCAUUCCUCGGUCACUUCUCCCACACGUGUCCUUCUAUACCUACACGACGGUAUUCAACCUUAUCAAUGGAAAUGCAAGUUAUAAUCGUCGCCUGCAUGAGAGUCUAUUACUAGAGACAGGAGUAAUUGCUUCUUCAUCCUUUUUUGGAUUACUCCCUCAUUUGCUCCAGUUGCGGCUGAAAAGCGCGUUAUGGCAAAAAGCCCUUCCCAUCAUCAUUCUGACCCACAUCAGUGCCAUGAAUGUUGUUGCAGUCCGAAGUCUUGAGCCCAUUCGAGGGAUUGAAGUCAUGGACAAGGACGGCAAUGUCAUGGGCUAUUCCAGAAAAGCCGGCACGAAGGCCGUUAGAGAUACAGCGACGUCCAGAAUUGUGCUGUUUGGGACCUCCGCCUUUAUCCCUGAAGUCUUCUCCCACUUUUUCACAAGGACCCAGUUUUUCCGGCAGUACCCAUGGUCGUUAUGGACCUUCAAGCUGUCUUGUACUAUCUUAGUGAUGGGACUGAUGGUGCCAUUUUCUUUCAGUAUGUACCCCCAGAUUGGGCGGAUACAGUGCAGUCAUCUUGAAACGGAAAUUCAGUCCGCAACAGAAGAAACAGAGCUGUUCUAUAACAGGGGGGUCUAGGGUUGAGUUUCCGGUGAGUUUCUUCCGUUCCUGCUUAGACACCUUCCUCUCUGCUUGAGCUGUCAGUUCGAGAACUCUGCCAGAGAUCUGGAGCUCGAGGUGUCUGUGCCCCCGGAUGGCUUACAAUUACCCAGGCCAACACCCCCUCCAGGCUGGUGCCUGGGGUUUCAGGCCUGGAUGGAAGAAGAGAAACAAGUCUGUUCUGUCUGUCCACUCCCAUAGGGUUGUUGAGGGGAUGGGUGAUACAAGAUUCGAUUUUCUAGGUGUGUGUUCAUCGACCUCUGGAGGGAUACUGUGAAAUCACUAAUAAACUUAUUGAAAGUUGA